UGGUGAAAAGUAGGAGUAGGAGAGAGAAAAAGCUGACACAGUAAGAUGAGUGAAAAACAAAACAUUCAACUCCAAAACUCAGUGAACAUAACUAACUACCAUUCAACAAACCAAAAAAUUUCAGGUUUGGUUUUAGGGGGUUGGUGUCAACAGUUCAAAGCGUAUUACUUGAAUGGCACAAAAUGAAAUUCAUGACCCUGAAAUAAAACCACAGACUUCAUCUCAGUCUGCAGAGACCAACAACACAAAGUCAAAGCCUUCUUCUCUGGAGACACAAAUGUCAACAACCUCAACCAUGAUCCCCACAACCUCAUGGUUCACGCCCAAGAGGCUGUUGGCUCUAUUUUGUGUGAUUAAUUUGUUAAACUAUGUGGACCGUGGAGCAAUAGCAAGCAAUGGUGUCAAUGGAAGCAGGGGAACUUGCACGGAAGGAGGUACCUGCACUUCUGGCACAGGAAUACAAGGGGAUUUUAACUUGAACAAUUUUGAGGAUGGAGUUUUAUCAUCCGCUUUUAUGGUUGGACUUCUUGUGGCUUCUCCAAUAUUUGCUUCCCUAGCAAAGAGUGUAAAUCCAUUUAGACUUAUAGGAGUUGGAUUAUCAGUUUGGACUGUUGCAUCCUUAUGUUGUGGUUUUUCUUUUAAUUUCUGGUCUAUUUCAGUCUCUCGCAUGCUGGUUGGUGUUGGAGAGGCUUCAUUUAUAAGUCUUGCAGCACCUUUCAUCGACGACAAUGCUCCAGUUUCUCAGAAAACAGCAUGGCUCGCAAUCUUUUACAUGUGUAUACCAACUGGAUAUGCAAUUGGCUAUGUUUAUGGAGGUUUGGUUGGAAGUUAUAUUGGUUGGCGUUCUGCUUUCUGGAUAGAAUCUGUAUUGAUGCUUCCAUUUGCUAUUGCUGGGUUUGUUAUGAAGCCUUUACAGUUGAAAGGUGAACACUCGACACUUGUAUUGAUUUCAUGCAAAAACUCAGCCAAAAUGUACGACCAGUUCUCGCGAUUUUUUAAUGAUAUGAAAGAGCUUUUGGGUGAUAAGGUUUAUGUUGUCAAUGUUUUAGGGUACAUAGCAUACAACUUUGUCCUAGGUGCAUACUCAUAUUGGGGUCCGAAAGCCGGCUAUAAUAUCUAUCACAUGACUGAUGCUGAUUUGAUAUUUGGUGGAAUUACAAUUGUAUGUGGAAUACUUGGCACAAUAGCUGGAGGCUUGGUUCUGGAUUUCAUGAGUAACACAUUACCAAAUGCAUUUAAGCUUCUCUCAAUCACAACAUUUAUUGGUGCAGCAUUUUGCUUUGGUGCUUUCUUAUUCAGAAGCAUGUACGGCUUCCUUGUGCUUUUCGCUAUUGGUGAACUACUUGUUUUUGCUACUCAGGGUCCUGUGAAUUAUGUAUCGCUCCAUUGCGUCAAACCGAGUUUGAGGCCAUUAUCAAUGGCUAUAUCCACAGUUGCUAUUCACAUCUUUGGAGAUGUACCUUCCUCACCUCUUGUUGGAGUUCUCCAGGAUUGUAUUAACAACUGGAGAACAACUGCAUUGAUUCUUACAUCUAUACUUUUUCCAGCAGCUGGUAUAUGGUUUAUAGGAAUAUUUCUGCAUAGUGUGGAUAUAUUCAAUGAGGAUGAUGAGCAACAAGAAUCAAAUGUGGAAGGAUCAAGCACCAUGCCAUUGCUUCAAGUGAAUGCUGGAGAAAUAUCAACCUCUACCCGAUCCCAAGAGCCAUGAUUUUUUUUUUCUUUAUUAUUUCUCAUGCCCCUCCAUGCACAACUUUAAUUUAGCAAUAUAGUGUAAAUGCCAAAUAGGCCAAUAGCCUCCCUUUGAAUUGUACAUUUAUCAUACUGUCAAUGUAAAAUAAUUUUACACAAACAACUAAUCGUUUAUUAUCACAUUAGCAAAA